AUGGCGUCUAAUAUCCUCCAGCUCCCCUUUCGGCGCUCUCACACAGUUUCGCUGUCCGAUGCCAUCACGCAGUACAUCUCUUCCAAAUAUGACCAGCGCCCGGAUAUGUUCGCGGAGGAUCUGAUGAUCAUUGAUCGUCUACGAUCCGAGGCUGUCAACGUCCAAGAACCGCAUUUCAGCGGGGUCACGCGCUUGGUUACCUAUGCGGCUCAGUUGAAGUGGCUAGGUGGGAAGUUCCCGAUUGAUGUUGGUGUGGACUUUUCAUGGUAUCCUGCGUUUGGAUUCAACGCUUCGCGACCGAUAUCGCAAAACAACCUCCGGUUUGAACUAGCCAAUGUGAUCUUCAACCUCGCCGCUUUAUACUCCCAACUCGCGUAUGCGGCCAACCGGACGACCGCCGAUGGACUCAAACAGGCGUGCAACUACCUCUGCUCGGCUGCUGGAGUACUGAAUCACCUUCGAACUGAUAUCAUUCCGGACCUGCGCGCUUCGCCCCCGGAGGACAUGGACGAAAUGACUCUGCAGAGCCUGGAACUGCUGCUGCUUGGACAAGGCCAGGAGUGCUUCUGGCAGAAGGCUGUCAAAGACGGAUUGAAAGAUGUGUCCAUUGCAAAGCUGGCAGCCAAGGUCUCUGACUUCUAUGGGGAUGCAGGGGACUUGGCUGUUAAGUCGAAUGCGAUUAGCACGGAGUGGAUCCACCAUAUGACUGCAAAGCACCACCACUUCGCAGCCGCGGCUCAGUUCCGACAGUCGCUUGAUUGUUUGGAGAAGCGGAAGUACGGAGAGGAGGUUGCGCGACUGCGCGAUAGUCUAAUUUGCGUCAACGAGGGCUUGAAGGAGCAGCGAUGGAUCAAUCGCACCGUGCUUGGAGAUUUGAACGGCCUGAAGAGCCGUGUCGCAGAGGAUCUGAAGCGCGCCGAAAAGGACAACGAUGUCAUCUAUCUCAGCCCGGUGCCGCCCAAGUCCGAGCUCAAGACGAUCGAACGUGCAAGCAUGGUGCUUGCGAAAGCGCCUUCACAGGUCACUGAUGCUGUGUCGAUGCUCGGGGUUAAUGGUCCAUUGGGCCAGCCGCUCUUUUCAAAGUUGGUUCCGUACGCUGUUCACAUUGCUGCGAGCAUUUAUACCGAUCGUCGCGACCGGUUGGUCAACGAGACGCUUAUUGGAGAAUUGGAAUCCACGACCGACAAACUACGAGACUUGCUUUCAUCCCUUAACCUGCCAGGAUCACUCCAAGCACUUGAGAAGCCGCUGGGGCUCCCGCCAACUCUUGUCUCACAUGCCGAAGAGAUGCGACAGCAGGAUGGACUCAACCGCUUGCACCGGGCUAUUGAAGACACCGACAAAGUCAAAAACAAUGACAUGGCGGUCUACAACGAGGGUGUAGAGCUCCUCGCGGCUGAAAAGGCCGAGGACAUCGCCGCUCGCAACAAAUACGGCACUGAUCGCUGGAGCCGCCAGACCUCGGAAUCCGCCGCUCCUAAAAUCUACAGAACUCAGAAUGAGAUCAGUGGGUAUUUCACCUCUGCUCAGAGCAGUGAUGACCUCGUGCAGCGCAAGCUGCGGGACUCACGAUCGGUUUUCCUCGUCCUUACUGGCACCAACCGAGACUUGGAAUCUUACGUGCCCAGUAGCCGUCGGGCUGCCAUUCCAGUCGAGGUUGAGCGCGAGUCAAAUCGACUGCGUGGCUGUCUGAGCGAGGUCACUCGGAUGGAGAAUCGCCGACGCCGGCGUAUUCAGACAUUGAAGGAAAAGGCCCGUGGUGAUGAUAUCCACCCUGCGCUGCUGAGAGAAACUGCUCGAUUGGAACGAGAGUUCCCCAUGCAGCCUAUCCAAGCGAGUCAAUUCGAGGAUCUCUUCGAAGAGGAGCUCCACUUGUAUGAUACUGACCGUGAGAUGCUGGCCCAAGAACGGAGAGACCAGGACAAUCUCUCAGCUCAAGUGCGAGAAGCAAACCGCGCCUUUACUGGGGCACACAAGGGUGAUGCGUCCACGAAGGAACGCGAGACCGCUCUCCAGGAUCUCGAAAACGGGUAUUUGAAGUACAAGGAGAUUAUCUCGAAUAUCGACGUUGGACGGAAGUUUUACAAUGAUCUCGCGAAGAUCGUCGGUCGCUUCCGUGACGACUCCAAGGCAUUUGUUCACCAGCGUCGGAUGGAGGCCAGCCAGCUGGAAACAGACAUCUCCAACACCGCGGCCAUGGCCUCACUCCAUAUCACCCAACCGCAUCUUCGCCAACAGCCCCAACAACCAGCACGCCAACAUCACUCUCCCUCUCCCUACUCGUCUGCUCCCUCACAGCCACCCGCACAGCCACUCCCCCCUGUGGCCCGACCUGUUGAAACCGCGCCCCCAUUGACGGCACCACAGCCCGUACGUGCCCCCGUCGCUCCGCCGCCGGUCUCUAACGCCGCCAUGCCGGGCGGAAUGCCUGGAAUGUGGAGUCCCGAGAUGGGCAUCCGGUUCGGCUCUGCGGGCAUUCCUCCCGGUGCCACGCCCGCCGCACCAGCCCCUGCACCCGCCCCGGCUCCGAACCAUCGACCUCAGCAAACCACAUGGGAUCCUAGCCAGGGACUGCGGUUCUCCUGA